GAAUUGCUGCCGGUUUGACAGAAGCUCGUCUAAUCCGCUCGAAUUCGCUUGAUCAUGAAUCGUCUUGUCUUUUUUAUUCGUAAGUGAAACGGGUAAUUUUUUCCCCUUGAGUUGUGAUAAUAUUCACAAGUGAAGCCGGUUUUUGCUCGUCUUUGCGAGCAAUUCGAGAGGAAGAUAUUUAACGGGCAGUGUGUGGUGCUGUGGUGAAAGGGAUGAGGAGCGGGCGCGAAGGAAUUAUUAUUCGGAUGGUGAUUUGAAAACAGAAAUGUUGAAGUUUGGCAGCAAGAGCGAUGUCACAGUGGUGCAUCGCGCCACUAUUCGCCUUUUAGAUGAUGCAGAAAUUCUUCAUUGUGAUUUUCAGCCGCAAGAUAAAGGAAGACACAUUCUCGAAUAUGUUUGUAAACAACUCAAUAUUUUGGAAACCGAUUACUUUGGACUUCGAUAUGUCGAUCAUUGUAGACAAAGGCAUUGGCUCGAUUUAGCGAAAACGGUUGUAAAACAAAUUAAGGAUAUGGACCCAAUAUUAUUCAGUUUCCGCGUGAAAUUUUAUCCACCGGAUCCACUGCGAUUGAAAGAGGAGAUCACGCGGUAUCAAAUUUACCAGCAAUUAAAAAGGGACCUUCUACAUGGACGACUUUACUGUAGUCCAGGUGAAGCUUCUUUACUCGCUGCCUGUAUCGUACAAAGCGAACUGGGGGACUAUGAUCCAGAGAUUCAUGAGAGUAACUAUAUCUCGGAACAUAAAUUACUACUAAAGCAAACCGAGACAAUCGAGGAAAAAGCCAUGGAUUUGCAUCAAACGCAACUUAAAGGUUUUACACCGGAACAAGCGGAAACGCAUUUUCUCAGGCUAGCUUCCCAAUUGGACACGUAUGCCGUCGAUCCACAUCCUGUUAAGGAUCAUAAGGGUACACAACUGUACCUUGGAAUAAAUCACAGUGGAAUUCUGACGUUUCAAGGCUCGAGAAAAACUAAUCACUUUCGCUGGUCCGAAGUACAAAAGAUCAAUUACGAAGGGAAAAUGUUUAUCGUUCACUUAACAAUCAAUGAGGACACGAGGACGAAGAUUAGAUCAGUCUGGAAGUGUUCUAUCCCGCAUUUUCAGAAAAAACAUACCGUCGGAUUUAAGUGUCCAACGGGGUCAAAUUGUCGACAUGUUUGGAGAUGCGCCAUCGAGCAAAUGCUAUUUUUUACCUUGCCGAGAGCUUCAGAUGCACCGGUAUUGAGUGGCGGUUCCAUAUUUUCCUGGGGUACAAAAUUUAAAUACACUGGAAGAACGGAAAGGGAAGUACUGGAAGAAGCAGGACCACUUCGAAACGAAGAACCUCCCAUUCAACGCUGCCAUUCUACGGGUCUUAGAAGAAAAGCUAGUAGUGUACCUGCGACCCCGAGUACUCCGAGUCAAGAUCUCGUUGAGAUUCGAUAUUCCAGUUUACCGAGGAGCUGUCAUAGCGCAGGUCUUGAUGGUGCCGGGAUGGCUGACAUAGCAAGUGGAGUUCCUUUAAGUUCUCCUUACUGCCCUGACAAUACCUUACCACUUUUAGAAACUGUAUCUGAAGAUCAAGAAAUACACACUAGAAGAAAUAAUGCCCUAAACGAGAAUGAAUCGCAUGCGAGUGACACCCACUCCACAAGUACCUUCACAACCACAAAUCAAGCGAAAAUAGUGAAAUUUCCAAAGAGCACACUAAAUCGACCACAACCGUUGUAUAGUCAAAAAAUAAUAAUAGGCUCCGACGAAUUGACCGGGAAUAUUGAAAGCAUCGUGAAACAGAAAAUAGAUUCACUUGAUAAAAGUCCAAAAGUUGUCAGAUCAACGGCUUUAAUAAUAAAGACAUCAAAAACACCGUCGAAAUGUAAAACAAAUGGGAAUUUAAUCAACAACAAUAACAACAAUGGAAACGCGAUUACCUGUCGGGAUAAUAAUUAUUCACAGGAGAAAAUUGCCAUCAAUCAGGUAAGACUAAAUGGAAGCAAUUCAACAACAGAGAAAUCUAAUGAUCAUUCGGAAUAUAAAAAUUCUUUCUUAACAAAGACAAACACUGUGCAGAAUCUUAGUCCAUCAAACUGGGGUCAAGAGAUUCUUCGCAAUGUUGGAAAUGGAAUUGAUGCUAUUAAGAGACAUUACGAUUCGUCAGCCUGUCAACAUGAAGGGGAUGCAAACGAUUAUUAUUUCCGUGAUUCAUUUGAUCAUUCGUCAUCGGAUAAUCAAUUAAUGGAUGCAACUGGAAAAACACAUAAUCGUCAAGUGACACCAGUGCCGAAAAUGCAGAAAUUGCAGAAUACAAAAAUAAGUUCACAAUCACGUCGUAAUGGAGUUAAAAUAAAAGAGAAAAGUCUACGAGUGGUUAAACUAUUGAUACCUGCAUUUAUGAUAACAAUAACCGUGAUAUUUAUCGCGAUUGUUUUGAUAUUUGAAACGGACUCAAAUUUCGUCAACAGCCUGCGCAAAACGCCGGAAAUGGUGGCCUUACAAAAUCAAUUUUACGUACCUAUUAAGGAAUUUCUUAAGAGCAAGCUCGGCCUAUUUUGAUUACGUACCGAGCUAUUUAGAAAUGAGAUUGUUCUUAUUAAUCACGUGCUCCUUUAAUGACAGUGCCAAUCUAAAAAAAAGGCACAACAGUGCCAUGAGUCAGCGAUUUGUUUUUUUUUUUUUAUUAUGCAAAUGCUUUUUAAAAAAGCAAUAUUUGAUCAUUAAUUAUUUUUUUUAAUGGAAUUUUUAUUUACAACUCGAUUAUUGUUUUAAAGUAUUUUUUACUUUAUUGAUCUGCAGGCCUCGGAUAGUACGACUUUUUUCGACUAUUUUUAAAAAAUGCGAAAAUAAGUGAGUUUUUUAAGUUUUUCAUUAGAAUUCGUGAAAAUCGAAAUUUUGAUGAAUUUUAAUUGCAAAUUUUUUAAAU